UAUUAGAUUUACUGAUGUAUGACCUUUUAUUUAAUUCAAAGCUUAUGUGCACGUGGUUCUAAAGCCGAUGAUGAUACUGGUGUUAAUAUUUAACUCGCUUCAUAAACUUCUUCCGGUGACUACAAAUUAGUGAACAAAAAACAAUCGGUCGGGCCUAUAAAAUGCCACCGCAGUCCAAAACGUCCCCGGUUUCGAACGGAGGCAAAGUGUCCGAGCAAGGGAAAAGCAAACCUGGAUCCUCGCAAUCUGUAACUCCGCCUCCAUCCGGGAAGUUCCCGCGUACAAAGCCAACCACGGACAAACAACGAAUCGAAGAUGACAGUGUCGCAAAGGAGCGGUUGAGAGUCUUGCGUACUACCCCAAAUGAAUUCGGUCUGACAUUUGAUGACUACAGUGAACUGCUAGGGUGUCCAUUACCAGAGCUGUCGAACGUAUGUGCAAAGAUCUUCCAGUACCAAAAUACCGGAAACAAUUACAAAAACGUGAUGCUGGAUCACUUGCAUGUUCGUGCAGUUUAUGAGCUGCGCGAAAUUGUUCAGGAUGAGGACACCAUGCAGAUACUCGUCAAUUUAUUGCUGUCACUUUUGGAAAAGCUCAAAGAGCCGGAACUGGGACACGGUAUCGUUGUUCUGAUGGGGGAAUUUUUCCAUGCGUUAUUGCACCCUAAGCAGGUUCUGACAAUUCAACAGAUUAUGCAAGUGAUGGACAAUUUUAAAGAGACGUUUGUUUAUCAGCACCGUCUCAUUCGGCACGCACUCACCUUUGAAAGCCAGCCUUUUUUCAUCACUGCUCAGCUUACAGUGGACUUGCCAAGCGAGCAACUGUCGUCAAAGACUACUCCAUUACCAUUGGCUGAAGCCAUCCCAAAGAAAAUGAAAAGAGCAGCGACUGUCGAAACCUCCGUUGGUCAUGGAUUACCGGCUUCCGCGGGAGAUGUACCGCCCGUGGAACAGGAGACAGCGCACACAUCUGCCAAAGAUAGCGAGCCACAACAAGAGCUACCUAGCAACAAACUACCCGAGUUGCAUGCGACCGACGUCGUAAUGGAAGAGGAAGUCAUGCUGGCUGUGCAGAAAGUUGUUGCUUCCAAGUUCAAUGCAUUUAAGAUGGAGGUGGAAAAUGCUGUUAAAACUAGAGAGCGACUGUUCAGUGACAAAACCAAUAAUAUAUACGCCAGUAAGAUGUGAUGUUACUUAUUAUUUUAUUCCACUCUAACGUAUUGUAACACCACGGUGCCCGUUUUUUAUUGAGAUACACAAAGCGCGAUAAAGAACGUUAAAAAAGAAUGUUAAAGAACGAUAUUCGCGGUUAAAAAAAUAAAACCAGGCUGCAGACUUGCGAUUACAGUUGAAAUAGGUCUCUCGUGUAAAUGGAAACAGUCGCAUUAAAAUUAAAAUCUUGUAAAAAUAGAACUACCAGUGUUAAACAUUGGCGAAAGGGUCAACGGUUAUUACGGGGGCUUGAGAGUUGGCUUCCGACAGGGCGUCGAUUUCUUCGGAUUCCGAAUGACUGACCACCUUAAACCCGUUCAACCAGUACGUCUCCGCGGCACCUUUAAAUCCCGGCG